CUUUCAACAAACUUAUAUCAUGUUAAGACUAUACGAGUUAAAAAGUAAUUUUCUCUCUCAAUUUUUUUUUUUAAUUUUCUCGUUCUGUAAACAAGGAUCGACUGUACAACGUAAAUGAGCAGUUAAGACGUCAAAACAAUGUUAAAAGACAAAGACAUUUGAGUAAGAAUUAUCUUUUGCUAGAGGACCAAGUUGAUAAUUCAUUAUAAGUCUAUAUACCUUCUCCCGUUGUUGAAACUGCCCGUUGUGCAAGCUCAGAAAGGACAUUGAGUUGACCAUUGAUAAACCAAAAAACGGAAAGUGACCUGAAUAUUGAAUAUUAAGAACCAUCUCAUAAACCUAAGCUAUGUGUAUAAGGAAAAAUUUGCCAACGGACAGAAACGAGCAAGUUGGCUUACUCGAGUACAGUGAGCUCAUUGUGUAAUUUUCGUAAAUUGACCCAAUUAAUGACCAUUACAAGAACGCAAUGACACGAAUUGUGCAAUUCUAAGCUAUAUAAUUUUAUUAAAUAAUAUCCGUGAAUUAAAAUGAACACAUCUACAUCUACAAAUAUAUUAUAGCAAAGUUGUGAGUAGUUUUUAGCAUUUCAAAUUUUCUACAAUGAGAGCGAAAGUAGGAAGGAUAAUUAUGUCUUUAUAAUCAUUAUUGAUUUUUUAUUCAUAAGAAAAAAAUACAUCAAUCUCGGGAUUUGAACCAUGGUCUUUUCAAAUGAAGACAACAACCAUUACCAAUUACAUUAAAAAAUAUUUUGUAUAUUUUUAAAUACAAAAUCUAAAAAUCUAAAAUCUAAAAAUCAUAUGACUUUACAUCUACUGUUAGGUAGCCCAUAACUCUCCCGUAAGUACUUUAUUUGUUAUAUGAUACUUACUUUCAUAUUUUGAUCAUUGUAAUUUGAGUUUAAUAAUAAAUUUAAUUAUGUCUAUCUUAUAAAUAGAGGAUAAUUUUAAAAUUGCAACCCAAAUCAUUGAUUCGAAUAUUGCAUAUUGAAUUGCAGUAUUGAAUGUGUAGAUGUGAUGUAGAAUUCCUAACUUGGUAUUAAUUUUUAGAACUAUUAAAGCAAUGAUAUUGUUCUGCAAAUUGUAAGUGACCAAUUUUUUGAAAUUUCUAGUUGGGUUAACCGUUAAAUCCUAUCUCUUGAUAAAAUAGCAUGAUUGGAAAAAUGGGUGAGUUUAACAGAACACAAUUUUUGAAUACUAAUUUUUUGAGAUGAUUUUAAUUGUUUAAAUCUUUUUAUCUUAUAUGAAAAUUGACCAUAUUUAUCAUUCAUAGUUACUUAGUUUAAUAUGAAAUAAAUGCAGUACAAGACAAAUCGUGAAAUUCGGGCUGGAGUUUUCAUGAACGCAUUUAUGUGGUCAUGUGCAUUAGCAAAAUAGGUACCACAAGAUAGUUUAAUUUUUUUGUUGAGUGAAUAAGAUUGUCCUUCAACUAAAUUUAGAGUAUGUUGGUUGAUAAAUAAUUUUUCCAUUGCAUAGAGUAUGGAUGAAAAAUGUUAUUUUCUUACUAAUUUUGUUAUUGUAUUGUGCAGAAUACUUUAAGAUUUAGAUAUUACUAUAUAUGCAUUGUUUCUCAAGCAAAAGAAAUAAAUAUUGACUAAAGGUUAUGUUCAUGAGUUUCUUAUUUAUGCUAUGCUUUUUCAGACAAACUAUUUUUCUGUUAUGUCAAUUUUCUUUUCAACCAUAAGCAACUAAGUGAUUACAUCAUUAAAUAGACAAGUUAUGAAUGAUUAUUCAUGAGUGUUAUAAACAAGGUUGUUGCACCAAUAACGAGCGACUAGUUGGACAAGGUCCAACGAAAGUCGAGCUAAAAAACGAGCUCUACAAAAUCAAGGUUCUGAUCGUUAGAGAGGUCAAAGGGAUAAGAAAAGAGAGAGAAGGGAGAGGGGGAGAGACAAGGGGACGGUGGGUGGAUCUUGAGAUCGAUGUGUUUUUUUAUGUACUUUGAGUUUUUAAUAGAUAUAAGUCACUACAUUCCAUUUCAGUCACUAAAUUUCUAUCUUAUAUAUAAAUAUAUUUAGAAAAGGUAUAAAAUGGCUCAAACAGGUUGAAUCUCGAUCAAACCAUUAAACUUUAAACUGCUUGCUUGACCGGCUCAAUGACUUAAACCGGUUUGACAACUUUGGUUAUAACCAUUAAGAUUACAAUGUUCAUCAUUGAAGAAAAGUUAUAAGAAUUACAAAAAAAUAAAAAAAAAUAAUUUUCAUGUCAUCUUAAUGUCAUACGAAAUUCAGCAUUUCAAAUAAUUUAAAAUUUAAAAACACAUAAUAAUUCAUAAAUACAUUAUAUUCAAAUAACAUUCCGACCCACGGGUCGAACAACAAGCUAGUAAUAAUUAAAAUGCAAUUUAGACCAAGGGGCGAAGAAGAUAAAUGGCUAAAUUACACGUUUGGUCACUCAAAUUAUACAAAAAUUUCAUGUUUGCCACUCGAAUUACUUUUCUUUCUUAUUCGCCACUAACUUUACGAAUCGUUUCACCGUUAGUCACCCGCCGUUACCCUCUGUUAAAUUUGUCCUACGUGGCAGUCAACCAUAAAGUUUGACCGUUAACUAGAUGACGUGGAAAUUAAAAAAAUUAAAUAAUAAAUUUAUUUUUCCAUCUCAUCAUUCCACAUUGUCUAUAUAAAUUAUCAUAUUAAUUAUUUAAUAGGAAUUAAUACAUUACAAUAAGGUUUGGGUGGAAAAACACUAAAUCCGGCGGGAUUCCAUGGUUUUCUGCGCCUACUUCCCCCUUCUUCCCUUCGUCUUCCAAAUCCCCCCAUCUAAUUGCUGGUACGUUCCUUCUCCUCCUCCUUUCCCUCUCUCUGUUUCUGCCACGGCCCACGGAUUGCUCGUUCCUUUCCCAGUCUUCUUUUCGUUUCCUUUCCUCCUAUUAAUUUCCCCAAAGUAUUUUCUCCCAAUGAUGAACCCAAAUCGCAGAAGGCUUCACUGAUUUAAUCAGACUAACGAGGAUUCCCCCUGUCCACUAGUGUUUGUUUAUAUUUUUGGACCUGAUCAGUGUACGGUGUGUAGUCUGGCAGUUUGAAUCAAAUCCCUAGCCACUCUUCAUUGCUGCUUCUUCUUCAGGGGCUAUGAAUUGUUGAUUUUUUUUUCAAUCGGAGAAUGGAUCCGAAGAUUAUCGCUCAUUUGUUCAGUUUUUUUCUCGUCAUGAUCUAUGAGCAGUGAAAAAAGCCCUUGCUCCUAUUAGGGUUCACAUAUGGCACUGGUGACAACUGCCGAGGUCUGCGACGCCAACCCGCAGCUAAUCGUGAACGGCGAGCUCAGAGCACUGGAACCCAUCUUCCAGAUAUACGGUCGCCGCCAGGUGCUGUUCGAGGACAACGUCCUCAUCCUGGAGUUCCUCGAGGAGAAAGGCAACGACAGGGUACUCGUGGUGGUCGACGAUGGUGGCAUACUGGGCCGCAAACCCGGUGGUUCGGGCUCAAAACAACAGCUGGUCUGGGAUCGUGGUGAGGCUGCAUUCGGGAUGUCGACGAAAUCAUAUAAACAAAGGAAUAUAAACAAAAGAAUGGAAUGAGGUGGAAAAAAAAUUUACUUUUAAUUUAUUUUUAAUUUCCACGUCAUCUAGUUAACAGUCAAACUUUAUGGUUGACUGCCACGUAGGACAACUUUAACAGAGUGUAACGGCGGGUGACUAACGGUGAAACGAUUCGUAAAGUUAGUGGCAAAUAAGAAAGAAAAGUAAUUCGGGUGGCAAACAUGAAAAUUUUGUAUAAUUUGAGUGACCAAACAUGUAAUUUAGCCGAAGAUAAAUGAAUGGAAGCAUGUAUGCAAAAGCUGCCACUGGCUACAUUCCAAAAUAACACUUCCUCGGACAUCUUCACCCCUGUCACAUCAAAAAAGAAAAUUAUAAUGGAUAA